AACAUAUUGAUCGAGUCUUUUUCUCUCUGGCUUCCUACUUUCUUUUCCAUUUUCCGCUUCCUCAAUUCCGAAGCCACCUGUUUGUUCUGUAAAGCAUUUCAAAUUGGUCGUCUCUCUUUUUCUGCUACGGAAAAGUAGCUUAUUACGGCAAAAUUAAAUUGGAUCGCACAUUUCAUUUGGACAGAAAGCUUAUUUGACAUCAGCUAAUAUAGCCCUAACAGGGUGCAAGGUAAAACACAUUUCACUGGCUACACUGGCAAUUCAGUAACAAACAUGGCUCUGCAUCAACAAGCACAUAUUGUUGUCUUGGGUUCAUUCAUGACAGAUGUUGUAAGUUAUGUCAGCCAUCUGCCCAGAGUUGGUGAAACACUGUGUGGUUCUAAGCUUGCCAUCUGCUGUGGAGGAAAAGGUGCCAAUCAAGCUGUAAGUGCUACUCGUCUUGGAGCGAAUACUGCCAUUAUUGGGAAAUUAGGAAAUGAUUCAUUUGGAAAGUCCUACUUGGAUGCUCUUAAGAAAGAGCAAAUUAUUACUGACUUUGUGGGUCUCACAUCUGAAGCUUUGACAGGGUUGGCUCAAAUAAUCGUCGAAGACAGCGGCCAGAAUAGUAUCGUAAUUGUUCCUGGAGCAAAUAAUUAUUUGACAACUCAGGAUGUGAAUAAUUCGAAGGACACGCUUGCCAAAGCAAAAAUCAUGCUUUCAGUUCUCGAAAUUCCAUGCGAAACUGUUUUAAGCGGCUUAAAACUGGCAAAUGAGCUUGGAGUUUUCACAAUAUUAAAUGCCGCCCCUGCUGUGGAAAACUUAGAGAAGGAUUUCUAUGCGCUCGCGGAUAUUUUCUGUGUCAACGAGACGGAGGCCGAAAUGCUCAUCGGUCAACCAGUUACAAGCCAUGAUGAAGCACUAUCAGCAGCCCACCGUUUAAUGGGAAAAGGAUGCAAGAAACACGUACUCGUCACUCUGGGGAAACAUGGGGCCCUUUUGCUUUCAAGAAAUGACCAAAACGGUUUCCUCGAGCCAGUCUCCGUUACAGCUCCCGAGGUUAAAGCCAUCGAUACCACGGGUGCCGGAGAUUGCUUUUUGGGAGCGCUUGCUUACUUCCUUGCUUAUCAUCCAGACUUCCCAUUGAGUAAAGCGGUGGUAAAUGCGUGCCGUGUUGCGUCAAAGAGUGUUCAAAAGGCCGGCACUCAAACUAGUUUUCCUUACAAGCAUGAGCUUGAAUGCGAUUUAUUCGUGUAAAGCUAUAGAAGAAAAAACGCAUGGUUUUUUAGAUAACAGUUUGUUUCAUAGUUGCCUUUCUAAGUAUUUUGACAACAGAAACGGAUGAAUUAGUAAAAGCCAAAAAUAGCUUUAUUUCAUCGAAAUCUGUGUUGUAAAAUUAGAAAGCAAAACGGUACACAGCACGAUUUCUCUUGAGUAACGGUGUCAUACUGUAGCGAAUCAUUUUAUAAAGGGGACAUUGUUAUAUAUAUUGAUUGUACAUACACAAAUUCCAUGAG